AAUCCGCAUGUGUACGGUAAGUUGGCCCGUUCCAUAGAGGAAAGAGAAAAAAUUGACACUCCCUAUUUUACCCUUCCUACAAACGCUCAUGGAACAGGGAAUUUGAAAUGGGGGAAGAGUUUUUUCCACCCUGCUAUUAUAUGUUUUUAAUUUAAAAGGAUACAACAAAUGUACUUAGUGUGAUUGGUUAUAAUCCUUGCCUUUCUUUAAAAUGGUCAUGGUUCGAAUCCCAGUACAUACCUUUUUAAUGAAUAAAAAAAAGUAAUUGUGAAGACCAAAAUGUCCUUCCUACUUUCACUCCCGUUGCAGGAAAUUUGAAAUGGGGCUCCCGUUUUUCCCUUCGGUGUAUUAUAUUAUGUGUAGACUAGAAAAGUCAUAUCGGUUCUAUCUGUUUCGUCUCGCGUCUCUCCACAAAUCGGACUUGGAAAGCAUAUUCUUAUGUAGGAUUCACUGACGCUGUAAUUUGAAUUGAUUCUCAUAGGUAUCUUGAUUUUGCCAUAUCAGAAAGAUUGUUGUAGGUAAUUAUCUCAAACUCUUGCCUAUCUCUCUACGAAGUACACAAUUUGUAUAGGUUGUUUAAUAAGUACAUCUGCCUAUUUGUCACCGUUCUUUUUUUUAGGAAUUGUCACCGUUCUAUGUUGUUGCACAUCUGCUAGUUUUCCGGCUCUUAUACUUUUUUCUAUCAAUUUGUUGGUGAUGUUUUGGCUCUAUGAUCAAUGUUUUGCAGUUCUGUACAAUAAAGCCACUUCCUUGUGAUUCUUUAAGCUUGCCAAAGUAUCCCAGCAAGGAGUUUGAUGCAAAAAGAGCGAGAUGAAGAAGCUAGAGAGUUAGGAUCAUCAAAUUUAAUUUAAACACACAAGUAUCCCCACGCAAUCCACUCCCGCCAUAGCUAAUGCUUCCAGCGAUAUUGACGACAUGGAUAUUGUUUUACCUUGUGAUCAAGAAAGAAAUUAGUGUAUGUACGUACAGUUAGACGCUAGAUGCAGAGAUGUUGGAUAAUUUGUAUACGUAUAUAUAGAGUCCUGUCGUAUAUAUGCUCGGGCCGGAAAUGUUGUAAUUAUUUUACCUGAAGAACAAAAUUGUGGAAGUUUUGAAUUCAACGUUGAAGAAGGGAAAGAAUGGUAUGCUUAGAUGUAUGUGUCUGAAGAAGAGAGUACUAGAGUAGUACAAGGAAUAAAGCAUCAAGAUAGGAAAUUUGAAACUAGGAGCAAAAAAGCAAGUGUGCAUCCCGUGACAUUCGUAUUCAUGCAUAUGCCCCAUAUACUAAGACGAGAAUAUAAUUGACUGAAGCGCUCAAACGCACGUAUGGUUUUAGUAGCCAAAUAGCAAGCAAGGAUGAUGAUGAUGAUGAUGAUGAUGAUGGAAGCAGUGAUUCGUUAUAUUUGUCAUCAUUGGCAUAUCAUCCAAUAGUUCUAUCAAUCUUGCUAAAAUAAAAUAUGUUACACCAAGAUUUCACAUAUUACCUUUUAUCAAAAAAUUAAUAUGAUAAAAUCGGGCAAGGUUGGCCAAGGGAUACCGUCGAAACCUUGGGCAAAGUUGUUUGGAGUUUCAGAAGCUAAUCGGCUAAGCUAUUUUUCACCAGAAGUCUUCAAUGGAGGCAUUCGUACCCAGAAGUCUGUCCGUGAAGCAGGGGCUGCGAGGUGGAAGAAUUGCUUAGUGGGUCAGUUUCUGCAGAACCUCUCCCGAUGUUCGUGUUGCGUCGAUGGACGAAUAAGCUAUGGGGUCGAGAUGGGCAGGUAAGGGUUUCAUACAUGUGUGAUCAGCUAUUGCUUAUCCAGCUCCCGUCGCAGAGCACCUAUGAAUGGAUUCUGGAAAAUGGACCUUGGUUUUAUUUUGAAAAUCUUCUUUACCUGAGACCAUGGACGCCGGGCAUUAGUGUGGAGGAUUUGGGUAGGAAGGCUUUGCCAAUUUGGUUUAAGAUGACGAAUGUCCCGCUGGAAUAUGUUGAUUAUGAGGGAUUAGGAAGGAUUGCUAGCUGGAUUGGGAUUCCUCUUGGGGUGGACCAGACAACUAAAUUGGGUGGAAGAUUAGGGCUGGCUAAGGUGCUGGUGGAAUUGAUUGCUGGAGACGCUUUCCCAGAUCACAUUACACUGUGGCCUGUUGAAGAUCGAUCUAUCAAGGUUGGUCUUGAAUAUUGUUUUCUGCCUCCAGUAUGUAGGAAGUGCAAGCUGUUUGGUAAGAGCUGUGGUUGUGAGAUGGUGGUUGGUAAGCAGGUUUGGGUCAAGAAGGUUCAGUCAGUAGAAGAUAGAGUGCAAGCUAAUAAUAAGGGAAAGGAAGUGAUAUCAGACAUGAUUGUUGAUCCUCAAUUGGCAGCAAUAUGUGAUACUCCUAUUCAGGAAGCUAGUUCUAGUGGGACUGUGGCUCGUGGGGUGCAGGGCUUCAAUUUGGAUCGUUCCUUUUUAGUGGUAGCUAAUGCUUCUGCGCACCUCCAAGCUGCAGAUGAGUUUCAACGUGUGGUUCAUGGUGCGAGGCCACGAGUCUGGUCUCCAAGAGCUAGUCCUACUAGUGUGUUGCACGUUUCCCCCUCCUCCUUUAGUGUGCUCAGUGACAUUGAUGAAUCUGAGGUAGUAAAGCUGCAGGUAGCACCAAGGAAAGAUAGCAAGAAGUUAGGGGCUAAGCCCCCGUCUUUCAUAUGAUUUUUCUGUAUUGGAAUGUUCGAGGGUUUAAUAAGCCCUCGAAGUACAAAGUAGAUGUAGUUGUUGUUCUUGAGACAAGAAUUCAUUAAAAUAAAGCCGAGGAGAAGAUUUAAGGCUAUUUUGAUGGUUGGGAGAAAUUAUUGAAUUAUGUUGAUUCUGACUUAGGAAGGAUUUGGUUGUUUUGGUCACCUGAGUGUAAGCUAAAAGUACUUAAGCCAAGUAAUAACUUUAUUCAUUGCUUGGUACAAAGUGGUUCUGGCGAGACUUGUUUCUUCACUGCAAUCUAUGCAUCAAAUGAGGAAGUUGAGAGACGAGAUACAUAUGCAGAAUUGAGUAGAUAUAAGGUAGUGGGCCAAGCUUGGAUUGUAGAUGGUGACUUUAAUGCAGUAAUGACCCCGGAUGAGACACUAAACCAGCGUUACAUCACUGCAAGUAUGGAGGAUUUUUCAACAUGGAUGAAUGAUAUGGAGUUAGUGAAUUAUCGGACUACGGGUCCUAUCUUCACGUGGUCUAAUAACCAGAAGCAAAUCCUAUAGCAAAGAGACUUGAUCGAGGCCUUGUGAAUAUUGAAUGGAUUGAGAGCUUUCCUAAUGGCACAAUGGAGGUGAUUCUGGGAUCCUUCUCAGAUCAUGGUGGAAUUUUAGUUAAUACUGAUCCGGUAAUCAAGAGUCUCCCUAAGUGAUAACGUCGUAUUUGCACAUGUUUGCACCCUCGUUUCUUGAUCAUUUUGGCUUGAGUUUUUUCUCUCUUGGACUAUUUUAUGCUAGGCUGUGUUCCUUUGUCACAUUUUAGGUCCUAUAAUGUAAAUUGAAGCAAAGGCGCAAGUUUCAAGUCAAUCGGAAUUCAUUUGGCAAUUCGGGAGAAGAAACACGAGCAUGACCUGAGGAAUAAUGGAUUUCUACCUCAUUUUAUGGACAAAUAAUCAUGGAUGUUUGUUAUAAAAAGAAAUAGGAUGAGACUACGAGCGUCUGGUUUCAAACGGCGACUGAUUCGGAGUCCGGACGAGGGAGAAACGAAGCAUUAAAUAGGAGCGGAGGAAGAAUUACGGGCAGCUCCUGCCCAAUUACGGGCAUAAUUACUUUUGUCAUGCCCGUAAAUGCAAUACCGAGCCUAAACCACUGAGAAUUCCUGUCGCAUAGCAAAUUAAGGGCAAGAGUGGACUCAUUUACAGUCGUAAUUACUUAAAUACUGGCAGUAAUUGGGUACUUACGACCGUAAUUACCUUCCUCAGAGUUUAGUGAAACGCGCGUUUUGGGUGAAUUACGGGCAGACCAUGAUUACAAGCGUAAUUCAGCCCGUAUUUCACCCGGGAUCGGGUUUUUGAGGUAGAUUCAAGCCAAAGGAGAGAGAGUCGACUUUUUGGAGCAAAACAGAGUUUUAGAGAGAGAAAGUGCGAAGAACAAACCCUAUGAGCUAUUUGGAGUGGAUUUCUCACCAUUGAAGCCCAGAUUGCUUCCCCAGGAGUGAAGAUCAUCAUCCCGGAGCAGAUUAUCCUCAUCAUUAUGAGUAUGACUACUCUGAUUUCUGUUUUCCUCUCUCUCUCUCUAUGGAGUAGAACCUUCUCUCACUUGGGUAUGAAGAACCCUAGUUCCAUGUGUUAGGGAUCUUGAUUGUAAUGACUUGGGAUUGUUAUAAUGUUUGAUUUUAAUUGAUUGUUGCAUGAUUUAUUGAGUCAAUUGAAGUCUGAUCAUCUUUUCUUGAUUUCUGCUGCAACCUGAGAUAGAUAGAAUCUGAUUAGGUUGUUAGAGCUUCAUCAAUCGACAGGGGUAGAUUUAUUAUACAAGAGUUAAUCGAUUUACCGAUUUGUACUGGAAUCCAAUUCCAGUAGUCGAGUUCUGCGUUCAUAGCCUCAGCUUUCUAUCCUGGUGAAGACUAGUCGUCUGCUAGGUAGUUGGACUGAGAGGGCUUGGUCAGCUUAAGAGAUUCCAAGCUACUGUCGGAUAUUCCGCAGUUUAAUCAACAGUUAAUCAACCUAGGGUAAUUAC